AUGACGCAAACACAGCUUCCCAAAUUGCUCUUUUUACACGGGUUCUUGCAGAACAGCAAAGUGUUCUCGGAAAAGUCCUCCGGGAUUCGUAAACUGCUGAAGAAGGCGAACGUGCAGUGCGACUACAUGGACGGGCCCGUGAUUUUGAAGAAGGAGGAUCUGCCAUUCGUGAUGGACGAGGACAAAUGGGAGGCCACCGUGGCUGCAGACUGCAACCGUGCGUGGUUCUACCACACGGACAUCUCGAAGGACCUGGACGUGCAGGCCGGGCUCGACGCGGUGGUCGCGCAGAUCAAGGAGCACGGGCCCUACGACGGGAUCGUCGGGUUCUCGCAAGGUGCUGCGCUGUCCACCAUCGUCACAAACAAGAUCACGGAGCUUGUCCCAGACCACCCUGAGUUCAAGGUCAGUCUCGUGAUCUCGGGUUACUCCUUCACUGAACCUUCCCCCGCGGCAGCUGAUACGCUGCAGAUCACACAGAAGUUCCAGGACGCGUUCACCCCAAGAGGUGACUCGCACACUAAGAUGCUGUUCAUCUACGGGACCGCGGACCAGGCCGUCCCCUGCGAGAGAUCGAAGUACCUGUUCGACAUCUACCGCAACGCGCUCGCGGAGGCCGACCAGGUCAAGGCCUUCGAGCACCCAGGUGGGCACAUGUGUCCCAACAAGAAGGACAUCAUCAGACCAGUCGUCGAGGAGCUCACCGCUGCUCUCGAGAACUGA